CAGUGGAUGCUGAGGUCUGACCUCAUGGCCAUCUCCAGUUUAGGCUGCAGACAGGUAUGUGGGGUGCCUUUGGAAAGCCCCAGGGCACAGUAGCCAGGGUCCACAUUCGCCAAGUCAUCAUGUCCAUCCGUACCAAGCUGCAGAACAAGGAGCCUGUGAUCGAGGCCCUAUGGAGGGCCAAGUUCAAGUUCCCUGGCUGCCAGAAGAUCCACAUCUCCAAGAAGUGGGGCUUUACUAAGUUCAGUGCAGAUGAAUUUGAAGACAUGGUGGCUAAAAAGCGACUUAUCCCAGCUGGCUAUGGGGUAAAAUACAUCCCUAACCAUGGCCCCUUGGACAAAUGGAGGGCUCUGCACUCAUGAGAACCUGGGCACUAUCCCAUCCUGUCAUAUUCAUGCCCACCAAUAAAUCCGACUUCCUGUCAAAAAAAAAAA